UAUCGGUGGUGGUAUCAAUAUACGAUAAUCGGUAUUAUAUGUAAAAUAUAAACUUGUAUUUCUACUUAAAAAUAAUAUUUAAUAUAAUUUCUAUAAAGCGUAUCUGCGGACAGUACUUGCUCGUCACUGUGAGGCGGUGUCAGUUGACCGCGGGACGCCACGCGUGUCCGACCGCUCGACGCUCGUGACCGUGAGUGCAGUGUACGACUAUCUGUGACAUCAAACCAUGUUAUAGUGUUUGUGAGUGCUUAAAACAAAAUGAAGUCCCGGUGUAGACGUGCGUCCGCCGCGGCGAUCGGCGCGCUACUGGCAAUAAUCGUGUGCGCAGUGCCCGAAGUUAGUUCGGUGGAGGAAAGAGAGUCGCAUAGGUAUACGAUUGAGGAGCUCAUGACCAUGCAUGUGGAGCAUAAGGAUUCGGGGGAUCUUGGGAUGGAUCCUUGCAAAGCCGGUAACUUCCAAGGAGACAUAGCUUUACAAGACACAGACUUCAAACCCAUGAAGUCUGCCUCCAAAAUCAACAAGUCUCUACAAGAAGAAGUAGAGAGGUUAAAGAAGGAAGUACUACUCGAAGGGUUACAAGUUGAAGAGGAAGGUUUGCCAGACAUAUUGAGGAAGAGGACGAAGCAACCAGCACCGGCGCCGGAGAAACCAAAGAAGUACAAUGAUGCAAUGCUGAUGACAAAGGUUUUACCAUCGGGCUUAGACAAAUCAAUAUUAUUAAAAAACGGUAAAUUGCCACCCGGAGAAAUGCUAGACAAUAUAACUAAUAAAAUUAAUCAAACCAAAGAAGAAUUAGUUACUAACCAAACAAGCCCCAUCGAGAAUCUUACUGAAUCAGAAAGUUUAGAACAAGACGGUGUUCUAGUCGUUAAUAUUUCAACGGACAAUAUUUUAAAUUUAGAUGAACUAUAUCCAAAUAUGCAUUUAACAAGCACUGCCAACAAAGUCGAUGAGGUGACAAAUAAAAUCCAGAGCAACAGCCGUGAGAUAACAGGAGACUCUAAUAAUAAUAUAAAGGUGAAAUCUCCACCUGAAAAUGUGACGAUGGCUCCUGCUCCAACUAACGGGGUCCUAGUAACUAAUGAAAGAGAGGAAGAUAUUGAAAGUAUGGAAAAAGAAGUUAUCAACAAACCCGGUGCUGAUUUAAAUGGGAAAUUUCUAGAAGCCAACGAUCUAUUGAAGCCGACUGAAAGUUUGCAGAGUCUGACAGAAGAGACUUUGAGCAGACAUCGACGAAGGCGAAGAAGACACGGUAAUGGGAGACGGUUAAGAAACAUCCACUCAGGUGAAAGAUCAGGAAAAAACUCCAUCAAAUCGGAUGACCAAGAAGAAAAUCAAUUGGAGCGUAAAAAAAAUUUUCGUCACCGAAAAAAACAUUCAAGCAGAGAAAACAGCGGAGAAAGUAGAAAACUGGUUGUACCUGAACAUGAGUUUGAAGAGAAAUUCGAUGUAAAACCACCUCCGAAGAAUAUUAUAGAAACAGGAAGUGGACAAAAACAACAAUUCAACAAUUGGUUUUUUCGUGACACCACUGAAGAUCUAGAUGCAAUGGAAACCUACCAAAGCAGUAACGGGACAACCACUCGACACCGCUCUAUCCGCGCCGCCACCAACCGCAAGGAACGCAUCUGGGAGAACGGCGUGAUCCCUUACGAAAUCGACGGGAACUUCAGCGGCGCCCACAAGUCCCUGUUCAAGCAGGCCAUGAGGCAUUGGGAGAACUUCACAUGCGUGAAGUUUGUCGAGCGAGAUGUACAGCUGCAUAAGGAUUAUAUUGUGUUCACUGAAAGACCUUGCGGAUGCUGUUCUUUCGUCGGCAAGCGCGGCGGAGGCGCCCAGGCCAUCUCCAUCGGCAAGAACUGCGAUAAAUUCGGCAUCGUCGUGCACGAGCUCGGGCACGUCGUGGGCUUCUGGCACGAGCACACGCGCCCCGACCGCGACCGGCACGUGCAGAUCAUUAGGGACAACAUCAUGAUGGGACAAGAAUACAAUUUCAACAAGCUAACAGAAGAAGAAGUGAACUCCCUCGGGCAGACGUACGACUACGAUUCUAUCAUGCACUACGCGAGGAACACCUUCAGCAAAGGCACAUACUUGGACACGAUUCUACCAUUGGAAGUCCAUGGAAAGAAAAGGCCGGAGAUCGGACAGCGUGUCAGAUUGUCCGUGUCUGAUAUAGCCCAGACUAAUCUGCUGUAUAAGUGUGCUAAAUGUGGUCGCACGCUACUUGGCAACUCUGGAUGGUUCAGCUCGCCCGGCUGGGGCUCGGAGACCGCACCGACCACACCGGAGCGCUGCGAGUGGCGCAUAGUGGCUACACAUGGCGAGCGAGUGGUACUUAACAUCACUGAAAUCGACAUCCACAAAUCCGAAGAGUGUCGUUCCGAAUGGGUGGAGAUCAGGGAUGGCUACAUGCCAAACGCGCCAGUUUUGGGGCGCAUAUGUGGCUCUGGGAAGGGUCCCAUGAUGAGGUCUACGGGAUCCAGGCUGACUGUGGUCUACCAGCCGGGGCUUAGGCCUAAGCCGUUUAAGGGAUUCAAGGCGCAUUAUGAAGCGGUGUGUGGUGGAGACAUCGAAGUGGACAGCAGCGGACAUCUUGAGUCCCCGAACUACCCGGACGAUUAUCAGCCCAAUAAACUGUGCAUCUGGAAGCUGUCUGUGCCUGAAGAUUACCAAGUUGCCCUCCGUUUCCACUCGUUCGAAGUGGAAAAUCACGACACCUGUUCCUACGACAAGGUUAAAGUGCGCGAUGGACACUCCAUGGACAGCCCGCUUAUUGGAGUGUUCUGUGGGCAUAAGAUUCCCCCAGACAUCAGAUCCACGUCUAACAAACUCCUAGUAAUUUUCGAGUCCGACAGCUCAGUGCAAAAAGCCGGGUUCUCAGCUACCUUCAUGAAGGAGUUCGACGAGUGCUCCAUCAUCGACCACGGCUGCAGCCACUCGUGCGUCAACACGCUGGGCGGGUACGAGUGCGCCUGCGAUAUUGGCUACGAACUGCAUUCUGAUGGGAAGAAAUGUGAAAACGCCUGCGGCGGAGUACUGGAUGCUCCCAACGGCACCAUCACAUCUCCGUCUUUCCCCGACUUGUACCCGCCGUCCAAGAACUGCUUGUGGGAGAUCGUGGCCCCGCUACAGCAUAGGAUCACUCUCAACUUCACGCAUUUUGAUCUGGAGGGAAACAACAUGUAUCAGCAGGAAUGUGAAUACGACAGCGUGACGGUGCACUCUCGCCUGAGUGCUGAGAAGCUACGCCGGCAUGGCGCUUUCUGUGGCUCUCAACUCCCUCCUCCUGUUACUUCUGAUGGAAACGUGCUAAGAGUUCAGUUUACCUCCGACGCGUCAGUCCACCGUUUCGGCUUCGCAGCAGCCUACUACAUCGACGUCGACGAAUGCGCAGAAAACAACGGCGGCUGUCAGCACGAGUGCCACAACACCUUGGGAGGCUAUGAGUGUGCUUGCCGAAGUGGAUUCACGCUGCAUCCGAAUAAGCAGGACUGUAAAGAGGGCGGAUGUAAGCAUGAUGUGACGCAGCCGCAUGGGACUAUUGUCAGCCCAAACUACCCUGAUCUGUAUCCAUCGAGGAAAGACUGUGUCUGGCAGUUCUCAACAACCCCUGGGCACCGGGUCAAGCUGAUUUUCAACGUCUUUGAGCUUGAACCACAUCAGGAAUGCGCGUACGACCACGUAACAAUCUACGAUGGCGCAUCAGCCGACGAGAAGACUCUCGGCCGCUUCUGUGGUGGCAAGCUUCCUCACCCUGUAGUUGCGUCGCAGAACCAGAUGUAUGUCGUGUUCAAGUCGGACGUAUCGGUACAGAGAAAGGGAUUCUUGGCUACGCAUUCCACUGCAUGUGGCGGCUACCUGUCCGCCACGGAGUCCGUGAAGCACCUGUACUCGCACGCGCGCUACGGCGACGACUCAUACGAAUCCCGCGCCGACUGCGACUGGAACAUCGUGGCGCCGCUCGGACACUUCGUCAAGCUCACCUUCCUGACUUUUGAGCUUGAGCCGGAGUCGCACUGUGGAUACGAUUAUGUGCAGAUCUUUGGGGGGUAUGAGGGGAGUGCAGGGGACUAUGGGAAAUUCUGCGGGACUGUGAUGCCACAAGAGCUAAUCUCCACAACAGAAGCCCUCCUCGUCCGCUUCCGCACCGACGACUCCAUCGUCUUCAAAGGCUUCUCCGCGUCCUACCAGGCCAUAAAGCCAGAAGUAUGGAGUGGAGAAGACAGUUCAGAGGGCGGAGAAGAAGAGGAGGAGGAUGAACGGAUGCCGCCACUAGUGGUUGGCAGAAGGGGAUUACGCGCGCCGUCACCCAGAUUCGUGAGAAGACCCACGUGACGGUGGCCGCUGCCGCGCCACCCGCGCCCCCGCCGCCCGCACCGCGCCUUCCCCCGCACCCCCGACAAGCUCUAAAUACUCUCAUCCAGACAUCAGGGGACCUACCGCGAAGACCGAAAAUCAAAUGUUCGUUAUCUGCCUCGCUAUCGCUCGAAUAUGCAAGAGAGACGAAAUUACGAUUAUCGUUUUUUACGCCAGGCUCUCUGGAUUUAUGGCCAGUCGCACCAACGACAAUUAACGGACUAAUCAACAUCAUUCAGCAGAGAACUAUAAAACUUCCCAAACAAAAAAAAUCGAACGUUUUAGCGACCGGAUGGUUUGGUGCAACCCACCCUUAAGGCAGGAAGAACGGAAGAUUUCUGUAUUCGCAUUUCAAGCGAUCUUGAUGAAUCGGACCGAAAUAAUAUCUGUUCUACAUCUAAAUUUAUUUAGUGACCGUAGACUCCGCCGAUUCGUAAUUUAAGAUGAUGUCAUAACGACAUGAUCAGUGCCAGAAAUAUGCUUUGUCCUUUGUAAAGGACACUGAGAUGUUACGAUUAAUUAACAAAUUUACAAAAAUAGGAAGAAGUUGUAACAUUUUUUUUUGGAGUAUUUAAUAUUAUCGUGAUCAUUAAAAUUUUCACAAAAUUGAUAUUAAUUGCAACAUCUAUUACUUACAAAUACAAAAAAAACUAUAUAUAAAUAACAACUGUUUUAAAGUGUGAUGUUAGAACCUACCCCAUGCUUGGGAAAAAUUAUAACUUCUACUGAGGAUAGGUCAUUAGCCAUACACAUAUAGCUCCAAACUUCUCGUAAUUUAUUUAAAUAAAAUUCAUUAUAUUUACAUCUUCAAGGUAAAUUAGGUUUUACCGUUAGAUGGUCCGACUCCAAUUGCUUUAAACCUCAUGUGGAUUAAUGAAACCUCAUGAGGAGCGUUAUUUGGUCCUUAAAGACUGUUAUGGUUUUUGAUAUUAUUAUGAUACGAUCGCUCGCGCUGAGUGGUACGCGCGAAAUGCAUAGUAUAAUAUCAGAAUAAUAUCAGAACUUUCUCAAAAAGUAACCUGAAUACUAAAAUUCUAAAUAUAAUGAAAUCGGGCGGUCGUUUAAUAAGUUAAAAACAAACUCAAACUGCCAACAUGUAUUCAAAACAGUCGAAAUGUUGCUUUGCAUAAAUAUAUAUCAGCGCGUUGCGGUAGAAUUUCACAUUGAUUUGCGAGUGAAGAAAAUGUAAAUAAGUAAUUACAAUUUUAUUCAUAGUUUAAUCGAUAAAAUACUUAAUUUUAUUAUAAGUUGUUACCAAAAAUACUCAAUGAUAACUACGCUAACUGAUAGCUCAAUCACUAAUAAUUCCAGCUGUUCUAAAAUUAUAACUACUUUUAUUUUUUAUAUAAAAAAAGUAAAAGUAAUAUCAGUGAACCCCAAAAUGCGUUAUCCUGUACAGGUAUUAUGGAUUAUACUGUACAGUUCUUGUGGAUUAUAUUAACUCUGUUUAGUUACUAUAAGUACUUCAUGUCAGUUGGUUUUAACAUUAUUGACAAAUGCUUUUAUUGCAUGUAAAUUGCGAUAGUCUUUACCAAAAUUCCUUUAGUAUUUAAGUGCAUUCCAUACCAAAGACACGGAACAAUCGUUCAUAAUAGUGCCAUACUUAGUUGUCUUUAAUAUGUAAGUGCCAAUUACAUCCACACUUUAUCAGGCCGGAUAUCAGGCCCGAUGUCGGGCCCCAGCAAGAGUAUUUUUCCGUUUCACACAUCGCAUCGUAUUGUUAGCACAUCGUUAACAAUAUUAGAAAUGUAAAAGUUAUAUGCAAAAAUAUCAAAUUUGAACCUUUUUGGCAAUUAGAAACAAAGUACAUUUCAAAUAUUGUUAAGGAUGUGCUGAUAUUCCGUGAAACGGAAAACGAUUAUCAGGCCCUGACAGGCCCACAUCGGGACUGAUAUCGGGAAGUGUGGAUGUAAUUGGCCUAUUAAGUGAAUUCCAUACCAAAGACACGGAGCAAUCGUUCAUAAUAGUGCCAUAGUUGUUAGUUCCUUCUUAAAGCACAUAGGGCAUAAUAUUGUUUGAGAACAAGCACAAUUUAGUAAUAAAAUAAUGACAGACAAUAUUUAAUGAUAAGUAUACUUAAUGUAAAAUAUAUCGUUAAAUGUUAGAUGUUUGGAACCAUAUCAUUUAUAAUCCUGAAUCCUUUAGUUGAUUAUGUAAAAUUAUUUUGGAAGAUUGAUAGGUAUAAUUCUUGUGUGAUCGGAAUGUCAACUAGUGACUAUCUUGCUUAAAAAUAUUAAUUAUUUUUGUAAUCUACCAAAAACCUAAGAAUUCAGUAGUUGUAAGGUAUCGAGAUGAGUUUCCUUUGAUAAAUUAAGUAGGUUUCUACUAGGUUUUUGCUGUUGUACCAGAGGAUAAAGUAAAAUGUAAAAAUAAUCAUUGUUAAACAUGUUACCAAUAUUAGAUUAUAAGUAUUCUGCCCUACAAUUCUGUAUUUCCCAUUUCAUAAUUAUACAAGUUACAAUACUCUCACUUCUUGCAUUUCCUUCUCAACAAUAUAACUAUUGAGCCACUUGCACCAUCCCACUAACCCGUGGUUAACCGGUUAAAUCCUUAACCCAGUGUCAAAUUGUACUGGUAACCAUGGUAACUCCAGGUUUAACCGGUUAACUCCGAGUUAGUGGAAUGGUGCAAGUGGCCUACUACAUUUUGGACUGUUACCUUUCUAUACGGUAGAGCCUCGCUAAUCCGGCAUCGGCGCAGGCGUAUUCUGCCUUAAUUUGGGCUGACUUUGAUAGUUUAGAAAUGUUGUUUCUUUCCCAACUCAAGGCCGACACAGACGGACUGCAACCAGACUGCAAUUUGUACGGAAACUGCACGCCGACUGCAUGUCGACGUCAAUCACAAAUUAAUUCGUCAGUAAUGAAUCUAAAAUUGGUGAUUAAAUUUGAGAUUGACGCCUUUCCCGCCAAUUUCUUCGACCGUCUGAAUGUACUUAAGUGAUUUUUAUACCUACCAUAAAUGUUUUGAAAACUAGUUAACGGCUGUUUUUGUUUUGCCAGUCCGAAUUAGCGAGGUCCUACUGUAAUUUAACUCGGGUUAUUUGAAAUAGGCGUACAUACUAAAAUUAUAAAUAUCAACACCUAUCCAAAAAUUGAUAUUUUUAGACUUAGUUAGGUAUUGUAUGUAUCAUCGUGCCAAAAGGAUACUUAGUUAUUUAAUAAGUAGUAACUUAAGUUGUGUAAAAUAAUAAUUAUGCUAGUGUUUUGUAACUUAGAAAAAAAUAUGAAUACGUAGACGUUACAUUAUUUUUAUUAAAACGACAGGAAAAUGCCA